AUGGGAUCACAACGUAAGGAUGUAGAAUCCUCCAAAGACUCGAAAGCUCCCUUUAACCCCAACUGGACAACAACCCCUUCCUUCCAAAAUGCCCUCACCUGCUCCUCCCCGCCCUCUACCUCCGCCUUUCUCGCUGAAGAUGAUCGAAGUUACUUGAACUUGCGCUUCUCUCAACCCCUUUCAAACUUCGAUCCAUCGCGGCAGAAAUGCCCCGCCUGCGAGAGUUCACGACCAGGGUGGUGUUAUAAGUGCUGUCAGCCGUUGUAUCCUGAUCCAGUCAAAUAUGAGAAAGAGUUGCCUGUUAAGGUUGACAUUAUCCACCACUACGCAGAAGCCAAAUCGAAGAGUUCGAUCCCCUACCUCCUCACCGCCUCCAACAAGCAACUCCAAACCCACCACUUCCCCACCCUCCCAACAUACGACCCUCGCACAACCUACAUCCUUCUCCCCGGCCCCGACAGCACCCCCAUCUCUGCGCUCACUAAAUCAAAUCUCGACAGUAUGGAGAGGUUGUUGGUGUUGGAUUCGAGUUGGGUGAGGGUGUUGGGGAUCAGGAGGGAUGAAGGGAGUGGGUUGGGAGGGUUGAGGUGUGUGCAAUUGGAUUUGGAGAGGGAGGGGGGCUGGAGGCCGAUGUUUUGGAGGUGGAGGAAUGUGAGGAGGACGCGGAACAAGAAAGGCAAACCCGCGAAUGAAACACCCGAGGAGAGUGGACAAACAGCGGAAGAUGGGUGUAUCGACUCCCGCACCCACCACAUCCUAGGCGACGUCGGAUCCUGGAUCUCCUCAGCCGAAGCCGUGUACCUCGCCAUUAAAGAAGUUGACGCAGCGAAAGCCAAGUACGCGCCAACGGACGCGAGCUCGCAUGGGGCAGUGGAAACUGAGAAGGAUGAGCACAAGUAUGAUGAUUUGUUGUACUAUUUUGCGUGGCAGGCGAGGGAGGCGGGGAGGAAUAUGGUGAAGACGUUUGAGCGAAGGAGGGCGGGUGAGGCGAGAGGACAAAGCGGCGCGGCGGUAGCCCAUGAUUCCACCGCAAAGAAGACUUAG